AAUGUCCCAAUUCUUAUAACCCACAAUCUUAUUAUUAAGAGAAGGCACAGAUACAUCUUAAGGAAGAGCAUAAAUUGUUUCUAAUAUUAAUGCAGUUUAAGCUGUGGCGGAUGUUGUAAAGAGCACCUUAGGACCUAGAGGAAUGGAUAAAAUGAUAUAGACAGGCCCUAAAGUUACUAUUUCAAAUGAUGGAGCAACUAUUUUGAAUUUAUUAGAAGUUGUACAUCCUGCUGCAAGAGUUUUAGUAGAUAUUGCCAAAUCUUAAGAUGAUGAGGUUGGUGAUGGUACAACAUCUACUACUCUUUUGGCAGCUGAGUUACUUAAAGAGGCUAAGCCAUUCAUAGAAGAGGGAAUUCAUCCAUAAAUUGUUAUUUAAGGUUAUAGAAAGGCUUUGGAGUUGGCAUUAGAAAAAUUAGAGGGAUUUUCAAUUAAUAUUAGCAAGGAUUCUAUUGAAAGUAAAAGGGAUACAUUAAUAAAAUGUGCUUAAACAGCUUUGAAUUCAAAAUUGGUAUUAUAAUAUUUAAAAUUUUAGUUAGCGAACACAAAGCAAUUUUUUAGUGAAUUAGUUGUUUCAGCUGUUGAAAAAUUAGAUCCUAAUAUUUUAGAUAGAGAUUUGAUAGGAAUAAAAAAUGUAACAGGUGGAAAUAUAACAGACUCAUUUUUAGUUGAUGGAGUAGCAUUUAAGAAAACAUUCUCUUAUGCUGGAUUUGAAUAAUAACCUAAGAGAUUUGAGAAUCCAAAAAUCUGUUUAUUGAAUCUAGAAUUAGAAUUGAAGAGUGAGAAAGAAAAUGCUGAAAUAAGAAUUGAGAAACCUGAAGAAUAUUAAUCAAUAGUGGAUGCUGAAUGGGCUUUAAUAUAUGAGAAAUUAGAAAUUAUAGUUAAAGCAGGUGCAUAAAUUGUAUUAUCUAAAUUACCCAUUGGAGAUUUGGCUACAUAAUAUUUUGCAGAUAGAAACAUCUUUUGUGCUGGUAGAGUUGCUCAAGAAGAUUUAUUAAGAGUAUAAAAAGUAUAUUUUAUAUUUAUUAAUUAAGGCAACUGGUGGUUAAGUAUAAACAACUGUUAAUGGAUUAAAUCCAGAGACUUUUGGUACAUGUGGUUUAUUUGAAGAAGUUUAAGUUGGUGCUGAAAGAUAUAAUUUAUUUAAAAAUUGUCCUUAAGUAAUUUAUUAAAAUUAUAAAAAUAGUCAAGAACUGCAACUAUAGUUUUAAGAGGUGGAGCAGAAUAAUUUAUUUAAGAAGCAGAAAGAUCUUUAAAUGAUGCAAUUAUGAUUGUUAGAAGAUGUUUCAAAGCAAAUAAAAUUGUAGCUGGAGGUGGUGCAAUUGAAUUAGAAAUUUCAAGAUUCUUAAGACAUUAUGCAAGAUCAGUUACAGGAAAAACAUAAUAUAUAGUCAAUUCUUUUGCAAAAGCACUUGAAGUUAUUCCUAGAACUAUUGCUGAAAAUGCUGGUUUGAAUUCUAUUGAAAUUAUGAAUAAAUUAAGAUAAAAACAUGCAUAAGGUGGUGAAGAAGGUAGAUGGUAUGGUGUUGAUAUUAAUGGUGCAUCUGGAGUUUGUGAUACUCAUUAAUCAUUUGUAUGGGAACCAACCUUAGUCAAAAGAAAUGCACUAUGUUCUGCAACUGAAGUAUUUUUUCAAUUUUAAUUUAGGCUGCUUGUGCAAUUUUAUCAAUUGAUGAGACUGUUAAAAAUCCUAAAUCUGAUUAGGAUACCAAAAUGAAACCAAAAGGAUAACCAGGAAGACCACCUAUGGGUAUGAGAAGAUGAGU